UUCCCGCGGGCGGCGGGGACGGCGGCGACGGCGGCGGCGGCAUCAAGAUGGCGGUGGCGGGCAAGGGAGUGGUGUCGGCCGCCGUGAAGCCGAUCUUCAGCCGGGACCUGGGCGAGGCGAAGCGACGCGUCAGGGAGCUGUACCGGGCCUGGUACCGCGAGGUGCCCAACACGGUGCACCUGUACCAGCUGGACAUCACGGUGAAACAGGGGCGGAACAAGGUGCGGGAGAUGUUCUUGAAGAACGCCCACGUUACGGAUCCACGCGUGAUAGACAUGCUGGUUAUUAAGGGGAAAAUGGAGCUUCAAGAAACCAUUCAUGUCUGGAAGCAGAGGACUCACGUCAUGAGGUACUUCCACGAGACAGAAACCCCGCAACCUAAAGACUUUCUGUCCAAAUUCUAUGCGGGCCACAAUCCCUGAGGAACUGACUCUGUGUCUUCCUGCCUUAUAUUACAAAUAAAGUUCUAUACAAUAGAAAAAAAA